AUGCAGGCCUUUUUGGAGGAAAACGAAUUGCAAGCUCCCAUUAGCAUUAUUAACGAGAUUGCUGAACAUCUCAAACAACUGAAAAAUUCAUUUAAUAAAUAUUUUCCUACAGAUCGAGAGGUGUUUUUAAAAGACCGUGAAUGGGUAGUUAAUCCAUUUUCAGUCUGUGGAAAACCCUCAAGCUUGUCUUCAAUCGAAUAUGAGAGUUUGAUCGAUAUUACUUCAGAUUCAACAUUUCAAUCCACCUUCAGUAGCAAUUCUUAUGUUGAAUUUUGGCUAAAUUUGAAAAAUACAAGUUUUGAUAAUUUGAGUCAAAAAGCAAUAACAAUACUCUUACCUUUUGCUACCACAUAUUUAUGCGAGACAGGAUUUUCAGCCUAUGCGGCUACUAAAACCAAAUACCGGAACCGUCUUAAUGUAGAACCUGACCUUCGUAUUCAACUGUCAAAAAUUGAACCAGAUAUUGCCAAACUAUCAAAAAAUAAGCAGACACAAAACUCUCAUUAA